AUCAGCAAAUUCAGAAUGACCAUCGAGGGAAAAACAUAUGAUGGGGUUGUGAAGGAAAAAGAGGAAGCUCAACAGCAAUACAAUCAAGCAGUAUCUCGAGGACAAAGUGCUGGACAGAUCAAAUCUGUUGGAAGGACUUUAGAGGACUUUAAAACCUCAGUGACAGUGGCUGCUUUUAGUAAAGUGACCUUUGAGUUGACCUACGAGGAACUGCUAAAGCGUCGCCUCGGCAAAUAUGAGCUACUCAUCAAUGCGCAACCAAUGCAGCCAGUGGCUGACUUCAAAAUGGAUGUGCACAUCCAAGAGAAACCAGGAAUUUCCUUCUUGGAGGUGAAAGGAGAUUUGAGCACCGGUGAUCUGGCAAAUGCCAUCAAAACCACCAGAGCAGACAAAGAUGCAUGGGUGACCUUAUACCCCACACGAGAUCAACAGACCAAGUGUAAAAGCUGUGGAGAAAAUGGGUUGAAUGGUGACCUGCUCAUAACAUACGAUGUGGAGAGACGAAAUCCCAAAGGAGAAGUCAUGAAAAAUUUUGAAAGACUGGAAUUUUUCUGUUCUCUCAGGUGUCAAAUGGCCACCAUUCCCAAAAAUGUGGUGUUUAUCAUUGAUCGGAGUGGUUCUAUGCACGGCAGAAAAAUAGAACAGACUCGAUUGGCACUGCUAAGGAUUUUGAGUGAUCUUGAUGAGGAUGACCACUUUGGAUUGAUCACCUUUGACAGUGAAGUUAACUUAUGGAAGCGUGAGCUCCUCAAAGCUACUGAGGCAAAUCUGAAGAAUGCGAAAUCUUUCGUGAAUGAGAUCACAGAUAGAGGAGCCACGGACAUAAAUGCUGCAGUUCUAGCAGGAGUGGACAUGAUCAAUCGACAUCCACGAGAGGGAACAGCCUCCAUCCUGAUCCUGCUGACUGACGGAGAUCCUACUUCAGGUGAAACCAACAUAGAGAAGAUAAUGGCCAAUGUGAAAAAGGCCAUUGGGACAAAGUUUCCCCUCUAUUGCCUUGGUUUUGGAUAUGAUGUUAACUUUGACUUCCUGACAAAGAUGUCACUGGAAAAUGGUGGAGUUGCUCGCAGGAUUUAUGAAGAUUCAGACGCUGAUCUACAGCUCUGUAGCAAAAUGCGAGUGAUUCUUAAAGGACAAGAGACAGAGGAUGAAAAGAAAGAAGCUCUCAAACUCUCCCUGAAAUACCAGUUUGUCACUCCCCUCACCUCUAUGGUUGUUACUAAGCCACAAGAAGGUGAUGUGGAAGUUGCCGACAAACCCAAAGAGGGAGAAGCGCAACCCAGACCUCCAGCAACAGGAUUUAUUCAGCAGCACCGCCAUAGUCCAGGUCUGCCCGGUGCACCUGCCGCUCAUCCAGGUUUGCGUGGAUCAAGAUAUGGUGGUGCUCAUCUAGGGCGCCGGGGUGGACGAUAUCGCCUUCAUAGUUAUCCUGCUGCAUUUCCCUUUCCAGUAGCUGAGGAAUUCCAUGAUCUCAGUUAUUCCAAUCUAUUGAUCUCCCGUGUCUUCGAUCAAAAGCCCACACUUCCAGAGAUGGUACGUGUUCCUGUUACUAUGUCAGCUCCAACAGUUCGUAGCAAUUGUUUCCUGCUGCCUGUUGUUGGUCAGUCUAAGCCACUCUGUUUUGACGUUCCUGUUCCUCACAAACUCAGACUUCUACAGGAUUCAGCUUCAGAGUUCUCUAUGAAUGGAGAAUCCAUGACUGGACAAAAUGGAUUCCAUCAAAUUACUUUUCAUUACAAAACAAACCAUCAUCUGACUAUAAACACAACGUCUGUCAGAUACCAUGACGGCCAGAAUCAAGUUGAGUUCUUGUGGGGCCAGGAACUGACCCAACACAAUACUGAGGGCGUGUCUCUGAUUCUACGGAGCACUGAAAUAGACGUCACGAUGGAAAAUAUUCACGUCGUUAUUCUUCUCCAUAAGGAAAAAAGGGACAUGUUUCUGUGGCCCGCUGUUCAGCAACAGCCAAAAGAUGUCAGUUUGACAGGCAUUUUAGGAAAAACUGAUGCUUCAUAUGAGGAGAUUCAAGGAUCACAAACACCAACUCUAAAGAUAAAUGACCAGGAAGUGAGCGCAAGCUGGGAGGACGUCACAGACUACAGACUUUCUUCAAAGCCGGUUAUCAAAUGCUGGCUUGUCUCGUUCUACGCUGCGAUGCAGAGAGACAUUUCUGAUUUCACUGUCACUAAGCUGUAGAGUUCAAAGCUGGCAAAUGAUAAACUGGGACAGAGCAUGUUUCUAUGUAAAACACUUGCUGAUGUUUGUGUUGAGUGUUUUUUUUUUUUCUGUCAUUGGCAAACAUGAUAUCUCUGACACUCCUCAGCAUUUCAAUAAAUUCAUCAACAU